GUGCAUAAAAACUGCUGCUAAAUUGUUUCGGAUUUUUAGUCUGUGGCACUUGCAUACUUAGCUUCUCGCCUCUUGAGUGCUCUUUCGAUUUCCAUUUCGAUUUUGCAAUUGAAAUGAUUUCGCGUUUGAAGAUUUCGAUAUCAUAUUGAUGCUUCAUAUUGCAAAAUGCAUUUCCAUUUGCAUAAUCGAUGGCUGAUUGCCGAUUGCCAUGUGGCGUCUGUUGUGGCCUGUCGUCUGGCAUAAUUAAUUAUGAAAGUUUUAAUUGAUUUUCAAAUGCGUUCCAUCGAAAUUUAUGCAUCGUUAUACGUUAUACGAUAUUCUCGUUAGCAUUUGAGCAGAUUUUAGCAAAACUAAGAUGACAUCGAUGGGGCUUAAAUAAGGUUUUGCGUUUCACAAGUGGUGUAUCAUAAGUUUGUGGCUCGAAAAAUAUUGAUGCCACUUGGUUUCUUUAUAGAAACUGCAAUUGUAGUGGUUUACUCUAACAUUAAACUCUACAGAAAUUCCCUCAAGAUUCUUCAACGACACAUGUGCCUCGACAAAAACGUUUCGAAUUGGUUUUCCAUCGUUUCUUAAGCUGCUGCUCUGGAGAAACAGAACACUAAAUUCAAAAUUCAACUAAAGUCAAAAUUCUUGCCAUGGCCCUUUAAUCCACGUAGGAAAGUACUAAACCAAGAUAUAAACUUAACAGAAACUAUCCCCAUUCCCCCCAAAGACUGCAAGCCCAACAUUUGGCCUGUUAACAGCCUGUUGAAACAGCAACACCACCCCACACCACGCCACACUCUCCCCCAGAAGAGUGGUCGGUCUUCCAACAUUACAGAAGUGCAAUCAGAGUAGCGUGACUUUGUUUUUCUUUUGCUGUUUGGCUGGCACAAAAAGUGAAGGUUGAAAAAUCUCUGGAAAGGCAACAAUUAAUGCUCUGAUAAAGACAGAAAGAAAGAAAGACCACAGAUGUGGUGGCAUGUGGCAUGUGGCAGAUGCAACUGGCGACAGUCGCUGAUUGAAGUUCCGUUAAUAAUGUUGUCGAAGCGUUGCAAUGCCUCGAUAAGAGCUCUCGUUUUGACGCUAUAUUAUGUGGGCGUGGUGGUAGCCAUCGUCGGUGGCACUGACGAUUUUGUGACCAUGGGAAUGCGAAGGAGUAGGCGUGGCCCAACGAUCACGGAGCGUCCUGGUGGCAUGGUAAUGGAGGGCAUUGGUUUCCAGUACACGAUGCGCUACCAGCCGGGGUUCCAUCUGCACAAACUGUUCGCCCAGCCGCAGGAGGAGGAGCCACCAGCAGCGUCAUCGACAGAGAUGCCCAUGGCAACACCAGAGCCCCCAGCACCGCCGCCAGAGCCCACUCCAGAGGAGGACCCGGACGAGCCAGAGCCCACGAUACCCAUGCGCACGACAUCCGCACCUGUGGAGCCCCUGCCCGAGGAAGUAUCGCCCUCACCACCGCCAGGAACGGAUGAGAUGAUGCCCAGUCCGACGCCUCCUCCGAUUCCUCCGCCAGAGAUGAAGCCCACCAAAAGACCAACGAUGAGGCCACCUCCGGGGCCUCCUAUGUUGCCGUCCAGCACCAAGACCUCCAUUAUGCAGCCCCAGCAGACGAUCAAGAACCUCCUCUUUGGCUCCCCCAUCGAAGCGAAUCUCAUACUGAAGCAACCGAGUGCCCCCAAGUCGCGGGGCAAAGGCUUUCUCAGCCUGUUCGAGGUGAUCAAGUUUCCCAACACCAAAUGCAGCGUCUCCAUGGGCGACAUACGCACCAUGGAGGGUGUGUGCUACCACGAGUUCGAGUGCAAGAGCCUGGGUGGCAUUCCCACCGAAAGCUGUGCCGAGGGCGUGGGCGUCUGCUGUGUCUUUGUCAACGGAUGUGGCGAUGUCACCGGCCAGCAGAUCGUUUACUUCGAGAGCCCCAACUAUCCGAAUGCAGUGCGGGAGAUGAUGAUCUGUGUGCUGAUCCUCAAUGUGCGGAAGGGAGUGCAGCAGAUGAGAUUGGAUUUUCAAAUGUUUGAGCUUAGUCGCCCAACCAAUGGCGAUUGUGUGGACGAUCAGUUCAUAGUUUCAGGCCAUAAUACCAAUUUCCAGAUACCCAUACUCUGCGGCAUUAACACGGGACAGCAUAUUUACAUCCACGUAGGCGACUCCAACGAGGGCAAAGUAUAUCUUUCUGUAUUCGUAAAAGUCUCCAGUGGUGGACGUUCUUUCAACAUCAAAGUCACCCAGGUGGAGGACGAUCUGGCGCCCAAUAAUUGUCUGCAAUAUUUCACUGAAACAGAAGGAAUUGUCAAGUCCUUUAACUACGAUACAGAUGGCUCCAUUGUGGACAACAGAGAGGCUACAUAUUUUAACAAUCUAAAUUAUGCCAUAUGUCUGUCGCGUAUGAAGAAUGUCUGCAGCGUCAGCUACAACACAGAGCAAUUGGGCGGCGACCAGCCAGACUUCCAAAUUGUCAACAAAGAUGAAGCCGAAAACGAUCUCAUUUCUGAUGGCCAGGCGGGGGCUGGUAUCUUCAAUUGCCCUGACGACUUUAUAGCCAUCAAUUCAGUGCCGUUGUGUGGCGAGAGGUUCAAUGAUGGCCGAGAGACUGAAGAUUUUACGAUGCAUUCGACGGUGAGGGAUACGGCCGCCGGUCCCAUCAUCCUGCCCUUUCGCACCGAUGCCGAAUAUGUGGGUCGCGGUUUUCGUUUGCUCUACAGACAGGAACUGUGUGUCUGAUCUGGGAAUCAUCGCCAUCUCCAUGUCGAUUUCUAGUUCAUAAGAGAGGCAUAUACACAGCACCAUGGCUGAUGGAUGGAUGGAUGGAUAGAUGCCUUUCUGGCUUCAAAUACAAAAUUGAAUCUUU